AUGAGCCCCGAGCGGUUCGCGCCCAACGCCCAGGCCGGCCCGCGCGGGGCCUGCGCCGCCGACGUGUGGAGCCUCGGCGUCACCGUCCUGGAGCUCUUCUUGGGGCACCGCCCUGUCCUGCCUGCCGAACGGACGCCGUCCUGGAAGAUGCUCAAGGAGGCCAUCUGCUACGGCGAACCACCGGCGGUGCCGGAGAGCGCGGCGGCAUCGGCGGAGCUGCGCGGGUUCGUGGCCGCGUGCGUGCAGAAGGAUCCUCGGAGGCGCGCCACAGUGCCGCAGCUGCUCGCGCACCCGUUCGUGGCGCGCCGGAACGUCGAGGCAUCGCGCCGCGCGCUACGAGAGAUUAUCGUGGAGACCAUGUAGGAUAUCGGGACAGAGACAAGAUCAAUUGUAUUCUUGAGAUUAGCUCUACUACUGUAGUUCUUUUUGAGUUAUUUGUAGCUUGAUUAUGGUGAAGAUUUCUUUCGUCAACCUGAACUUUUAGACAA